AUGCAUCAACACACACAACCUGCAGAGGCGGCGACGCGACCUAAAAACGAGGAAUACGAAGAUUCAUCUGUGUCUACGGCGACAGAAGCAGAGAAAGAGAUUGUUGCAGAAAAUGCCUUGAAUGAGGGAACGACACAACCAUACGAAGACCCGAUCGCCGAAGAACGCCAACAACAUACCGAUGGAGGCGAUAUCGAAAAGCAGACGACGAGGAGGAGCAUACGGUCAGGAAAGGCUGUGUCGGUAAACAAUGUUGCUGCUAUCCCCAACGGUGGUACCAAGGCCUGGUUGCAGGUCCUCGGCGCAUGGGUCCUUUUCUUCAACUCUUGGGGAAUCAUCAACACUUUCGGCGCAUACCAGACCUACUAUGAAACCGGCAUUCUUGCGUCUUCCUCGCCCUCAGACAUCUCAUGGAUCGGAUCAGUACAAGCCUUCUUGCUCAUGCUCGUCGGCGCAUUGACAGGACCUAUCUACGAUGCUGGGUACUUUCGCGCUUUGUUGGCUGUCGGCUCUUUUGGUGUUGUCUUCGGUUUCAUGAUGCUUUCGCUGGCCAAGACAUACUGGCAAGUUAUUCUUGCCCAAGGAGUCUGCGUCGGUCUGGGUGCUGGAUGUCUGUUCGUUCCAUCUGUCGCCAUCUUGAGUACAUACUUUAGUACAAGAAUUGCCACCGCCAUGGGUAUCGCUGCUUCUGGAAGUAGUUUGGGCGGUGUCAUCUAUCCCAUUGUCUUCUACCGUCUCGAACCACGCAUCGGCUUUCCUUGGGCAACUCGUGUCAUCGGCUUCAUCGCUCUGGCAACACUCAUCGUGUCCAACUCAGUCAUGCGCAUUCGUGUUCUACCAGCUGCUCGUCGUGCCGUCCUCGAUCUCAAGGCUUUUACCGAGCUGCCCUACCUCUUCUUCGUACUUGGUGGAUUCCUAGCGUUCAUGGGGCUUUACGCACCUUUCUUCUACAUUGAGAGCUACAGCAUCACAUACAACAUCACCUCGCAAAGCUUGGCAUUCUACACGCUGUCGAUUAUCAACUCGGCUUCGGUCUUUGGUCGCAUUGUCCCCAACCUGAUUGCUGAUCGUACUGGACCGAUGAACAUGAUCAUCCCCUGCUGUCUCAUCUCUGGAAUCAUCGCACUCUGCCUCAUUCCUGUCCGCAGCGAAGCAGCGAUCAUCGUCGAGUGUGUGCUGUAUGGCUUCUUCUCUGGAGCUUUGGUGUCACUGCCACCCACCGUAUUUGUGCAUUUGUCACCCAACAGAGGACUCAUCGGAACACGCAUGGGACAGGGCUUCAGCGUCAUCUCGAUCGGCUUGUUGCUCGGUACUCCCAUUUGUGGCUGGAUUUUGAAUGGCAGCAGCUUUACUUAUGUAUGGGUGUUUUCUGGAGUGCUGAUUCUGGCAGGUGGGAGUCUCAUGGCUACGAGCAGAAUCUUCAAGGCAGGGCCUAAGCUCGUGCAGCGGGUUUAG